CGGAGUGGGCGUAGUAAAAAAUGGAGAGAGAUGCUGAAGUUGCCCCCUGUGAGUCACUGCGAAGGUAUUAGAUGCUCCAUCGAAAGAGACUAUAACCAGCUUUGUGACAAACAGCCCAUAGGAAGACUUCUCUUCAGGCAGUUCUGUGAUUCCAGACCAGAUCUGAAAAGAUGCAUUGAGUUUCUGGAUGCAGUGGCAGAAUAUGAGGUGUCUUCAGAUGAAAAGCGAAUUGACUGUGGCCUGAAAGUUUUAGAGACCUACUUCACUAAUGGGUCUACAGCACACUUGCCAGAAAUACCUCAGGAAACAGUAAAUGAAUGUAAAGCAAGACUGGAAAAGAAUCCUUCUAAAGAUCUUUUUAUGGAUUGUACUAGAAUUGUCCAUGAAUACCUAAGCAGAGGACCUUUUGAAGCUUACCAGGACAGUGUGUAUUUUUCCCGGUUUUUGCAGUGGAAAUGGCUGGAAAAGCAACCAGUGACCAAGCACACAUUUAGGCAUUACCGAGUACUAGGCAAAGGUGGAUUUGGAGAGGUGUGUGCCUGUCAAGUACGGGCAACAGGAAAAAUGUAUGCUUGUAAAAAGCUAGAAAAGAAGAGAAUCAAGAAAAGGAAAGGAGAAUCAAUGGCUCUGAAUGAAAAAAGGAUUCUAGAAAAAGUGAAUAGUAGGUUUGUAGUUAGUUUAUCCUAUACAUAUGAGACAAAAGAUGCCCUGUGUUUAGUAUUAACCAUAAUGAAUGGAGGGGACUUGAAGUUUCACAUAUAUAACAUGGGAAAUCCUGGCUUUGAUGAAGAAAGGGCUAUUUUCUAUGCUGCAGAACUGUGCUGUGGUCUAGAGGAUUUGCAAAAGGAGAGAAUUGUUUACAGAGACUUGAAGCCUGAGAAUAUACUCCUUGAUGACUGUGGACAUAUCAGAAUUUCAGAUCUUGGCUUAGCUGUGCAGAUUCCAGAAGGAGAAACAGUCCGCGGACGGGUUGGGACUGUUGGUUACAUGGCUCCAGAAGUGCUCAAAAAUGAAAAAUACACGUUCAGCCCAGACUGGUGGGGUCUUGGGUGCUUGAUUUAUGAAAUGAUUGAAGGACAGUCUCCAUUCAGGAAGCAUAAGGAAAGGGUCAAACGGGAUGAGAUUGACCGGCGAGUAAAGGAAGACCAAGAAACAUAUUCAGACAAGUUCUCAGAAGAGGCAAAAUCCAUCUGCAGGAUGCUACUUGCUAAAAAUCCAGGGGAACGACUGGGUUGCACUGAAGAUGGAGCUGCUGUUGUAAAGCAACAUCCUAUUUUCAAGAACAUUAACUUCAAGAGGCUGGAAGCUAACAUGUUAGAACCUCCCUUCUUGCCAGAUCCACGUGCCGUGUAUUGUAAAGAUGUCCUGGACAUAGAGCAGUUCUCCACAGUGAAAGGUGUGAACCUGGAUACUACAGAUGAUGACUUCUACUCCAAAUUUGUUACUGGUUGUGUCUCAAUCCCUUGGCAAAAUGAGAUGAUUGAAACAGGAUGCUUUGAAGAUAUCAAUGCAUAUGAAACUGAUGGUACUGUGUCACCAGACAGAGAGAGGUCUCCUAAACCAAAGAGAGGCUUCUUUCACAGACUUUUCAGUGGAGAGGUCUGCUUUAAAUCUGACUGCAGUGAUGAUGAGCAGGAGUCCUCCAGACUUUAA